CAACCUACCUCUCUCUCUCCCUCUCUCUCUCUCUCUCUCUCUCUCUCUCUCUCUCUCACACACACACACACACCUGCAAUUCCUUUUGUUUCCAUGGCGAUUUGCUAAUUUCUUCUUGUGGGUAUCUUCAAACAUACACCAAAAACUCAUUUUAUUCAACUUUAUCUCAUCAAUCAUCAUCUCCCUGUAAACAAAAUGCUGGAUAAUCCAGACAUGUUCGAAUCAACCGCUUGUUUCGAUCCAAAUUCUUCAACCCAUCACCAACAGCUCUUCAUCGAUCAUCAACACGACCUCUCAAACUUCCACCAAUUCCCACAAAUCCCCAAUUUCACCCCUGCAGAUCACCAACACCUGAUCAACAUCGAAAUGGACCACCAAAACCCGACCCGAAUCGACCAAAUUAACUGGAACCAUAAUAACAGCAAUCUCCAUGAUCAAAUUCUCAUGGGAAACAAUGAUAACGUUAACAUUAACAACUGUUUGUCUAAUCAAAUUGCAGUUACACCACCAGAUCUUUUGAAUUUGUUUCAGUUACCAAAAUGUUCAUCAACACUCUGUUUUUCUGACCCGACCCGGAUUGAUCAGAAUUCGGGUCAAGUGGUGUAUGACCCGGUGUUGCCUGUGAAUGUGAAUGUUGGUCCACCACAGGCUCCGUUGUUUAGAGAGCUGCUGAAUUGUGGGUUUAAUUUAAGCGGUUGCGGGUCGGUUUUCGGGGAAAUGGAGAUGGAGAUGGAGAGGGGAGAACAGAGUAAUCAUCAUUUGUAUGAAGGGGAUGGUGUUUUGGAGUUUGGGGGUGGGAAAGGUAAUGGGAAAGAUACUAAACAUUUUGCUACUGAGAAACAUAGGAGGCAACAAAUGGGGGGCAAGUAUGAUGCGUUGAAAAAGUUGAUCCCAAAUCCCACUAAGGCUGAUCGCGCAUCUAUUGUCGGAGAUGGGAUUGAGUACAUCAAUGAACUCAAAAGGACUGUGGAGGAACUGAAGAUUUUGGUGGAGAGGAAGAGAUGCAAUAGAGGCAGGGUCAAGAAACACAAAACCGAAGACCAUUCGACUUUAGACGUCGAGAGUAUUUACACUCAUGGCGGUGGUAGUGGCGGCGGUGGUGGUGAUGCUGGUCAUGAUCAGCAAGCUUAUAAUGGUAAUUCAACUUCUACCAUGAGGAGUUCAUGGCUGCAGAGGAAAUCCAAGAACAUUGAAAUCGAUGUUCGAAUCAUUGAUGAUGAGGUUACAAUCAAAUUGGUGCAGCAAAAGAGGAUUAAUUGUUUGUUGCUUGUUUCAAAAGUUCUUGAUGAUCUUCAGCUGGAUCUUCAUCAUGUUGCUGGUGGUCUCAUUGGUGAUUUCUAUAGCUAUUUGUUCAAUACCAAGAUUUGUGAAGGGUCCUCUGUUUAUGCAAGUGCUAUAGCCAAUAAGCUAAUUGAGGUGGUGGACAAACAAUAUGCAACUAUCCCAGUCACUUCUAGCUACUAGGUAGAGAAAUAACAUAAGGUACAACUUUUACUGCAAAAGAUUUAUGAAGGAUUGGAUGGGCUGCUUGUUUGCUUGGAUACUAACAUGUCUUGAGGCUCUUGAAGAAAGACAUCAAGAUGAAUUUUUUCAUAGAAUUUGGGAUUUAAAGUGACACUGUUAUAGGAACAAUUUACCACAAAAGAAAUAAAAUAGGGGUAACUUUAGUUGGACUUAUGAAUGAUUGCUUGGAAAUGGAUUGGGGUUCAAUUUGAUAUUAGAUGAAUAUCUUCCUUUGGUUUCUU